AUGGCACCAUUGAUAGGAUUUGUGCUUCUCAUGCUGGCGACUUUGGCAGGUGAAAAUAUUGCAACAAUUGGGAUGGAGGGGGAAGGAUUGAAGGAAACGAAAUCUCAAAUACUUGCACUUACGUCGAGCGAGAAGAACACAGCCGCAUCAGCCUGGUGGUUGGUUGGUUGUUGCACUUCUGUUGGCCAUUUAACUGUUCAUGAUGAGAAGGAUAGAAAAAUUCAGGAGCUAACUGCUGAGCUGCGGAAUAAGAAAAGGUUAUGUGCAGUGUAUCAAGAGCAAUUAAUUGCCUUUAUGAAAGAUGUUGAGGAACACAGCAAACAUUUAUCAAACAAGGUUCAAGCUGUGGUCAACAAUUUAAAAGAAUUUGACCCUGUAAAACAGGAGUUUCCAAAUCAAAGAUAG